AUACGUCGUUAAUAUAAAGAAAAUGAUUAUCAUGUCAUGAUGAUCACUUAAAAAUAUAUAUAAAGCUUGUAAUCUUAAAAAUUAAGUCAUGUCAAAAUUUCUUGCACUAACCAUAUAUAUACAACACUUUAAUCUCAUUACUAAUACCAAUCCAAACAAGAUGGAGGGCUAUAAUAUAAAGACUACCUUAUUUUGGACAAGUCAAACAUUUGAGGAAUAUUUGAAGAUUCCAAGACAAUUAAGCAAAUGGAACAAUUUGGAUGUUUCAAGGGAUGGAUCGAUUGACUUGUCAGAAAUUCAGGAAAACCACCAAGAUUUCAGUAUAAGUUAUGUUAAUUUUGGAACAAAUAAUUUCUUCACAAUUCUGUGAGACAUUUUACCAACACGUUUUUGCUUCAAAAUUAGUCUAAUAUAGUACAAAAUUUACUACAUUAUAGGAGGGGAUUCUUGUUUUACUACUUUGCUGUAAAGUUUUCAAUCUCCAAGAUGACAUCGAUCUUGAUUAAACCAUAAAAGGUACAAGAAACAAGACCUGUUUCUCAAAAUUUGCAAAUAAGAGUGCACAUAAUUAAUUAAUAAUGUCAUUAAUUUGUCUAACUAGUGCUGUAUGACUUGUUCAUUAACUUAUUCAUUAGUGGAGUUGUUGGUGUUAUUGUUGUGUUGCCAUGUUAAUUUACCAUAAUCCCAGUUUCCCCCUACAUGUCUUGUCUUUGUUUUGUUACUUCUUUAAGUGAUCAAAGUCAAGAAGCAAGUUAUGAUUGGUGAUUAUAGGCAGAUGAUUAUAUUGGGUUUUCAGUUAAUUGUAAAAGGUUUAUAAUCCUUUUUGCAUGUUAGAUUACUCACAAAUUAUAUUAGAUCAUCAUAAUUUCAAAACUAUGGAAAAAAAGGUUAGUGAAAGAUAUGGAUACAUAAUUUCAUGCUAUAAUAUUCAACCUAACUCCGCGGUUAGGUUGAAUACAAAUCUCGCAGCAAGAUGUUAUGGUUCAGACACACAUCAGUACUACUAUGCGCGCGUUGAUGUAAUGUCUUGGAUUUUUUCACCUCGAUAGCUAGUUUUUUGGAUUUUUACCAAAGAUAGAUAAAUCAAAGGACAAAGUAAAUUGCUUUAAAAUAACAAAUAAUUUACUUGUAAGGCAGCUCAUAAUUCAAGAAGAGAAAAUUUUGUAUUCAUAUAUGAGGGAAAAGGGCUAUUGAGACAUGGGAACAGCACUCACGUUCUCCACUUUGUUUCUCUAAAUGUUAGUUAAUUAAAAUAAACAUAUAUAAAUUAUAUUUUACAUGAUCAAUACAAUUUAACUUUGUUAUAACAUGUUAUAUGACUUAUCUUUCAUGUUGUUAAUUUCACUUAUCAUCGACCUUGGUGCAUUCUUCUAUACACUCAUUAAAUCCGACGCAGACUAGAUAUAAUUAUAUAAAAAAAUAUAUGAAAUUGGUAUAUGAUUUAGAAAAGUACCACCCUGGAAACCAGGGGCAGAUCCUAGAUUUUCAGUGAGGGGGUUCAGUAGUACAUAUACGGACUAGCCGAAAGGAGUUAAACCUCUACUAUUUAUGCAUAAAAAAAAAUUUUACCAUGUAAAAAUAGUAUAAUUUUCCGACGAAGGGGGUUCAUCCGAACCCCCUGGACCCUAUAUAGAUCCGCCACUGCAGGAAACCAAGAUAAUUUGGUGCUUUGGCUUCCAUGUGGAACCUUAAAAUAUUGAGUGUCAAUAUGUAUGUUCGAACCUCCCCGGCGUAAAGAUUCUGCACUACCAGUGUAUAAAAAUUAAACAUUAUACUAUAAAGUACGGUAAUAUUUGAGCUCAGAGACAAAAUAAUGUUGUGUAUGUACCCAAGGAAUAGUAUAUUUCCAUUUCCUCUCUCUUGCGAUUCUCUUUACAUACACUAUAUCUUAAUUACCAUACUAUAUAUAGUUCCCCUCUUUCUCCAUUCAAAGCUAUAUAUCCAUGUUCAUUGCUCAAGUGUUUUGAAUCUUGAACAAAGACGGGUUCAGAAUUUAAAGUUUUUGAAUUCCUCCAAUAAUUGUUUGUGUGAUUAUGGGAAUUCAUAAGCCGUUAUGGUUGAAAGCUCUUUAUGUGGAGAAAUUCUUUGUGCCAUGUUCCAUUCAUGAAAGUGCAAAGAAGAAUGAGAAGAAUGUUUGUUGUUUGGAUUGUAACAUUAGUAUUUGUCCUCAUUGUGUCACUUCCCAUCGUGUCCAUAGAUUGCUUCAAAUUAGACGUUAUGUAUAUCAUGAGGUUGUUAGACUUGAAGAUUUAGAGAACCUUAUCGAUUGCUCCAAUAUUCAGGCAUAUACGAUUAACAAUGCUAAGGUGGUUUUUAUCAAGAAGAGACCUCAAAAUAGGCAAUUCAAAGGAGGAAACUAUUGCACUUCUUGUGAUAGGAGUCUUCAAGAACCAUUUGUCCAUUGCUCUCUUGGCUGCAAGGUAGAUUUUGUGCUAAAGCACCACAAGGACCUUUCCCCAUUCCUGAGGAGAUGCACAACUCUACAACUUAGUUCUGACUUCUUUAUCCCUCAAGAUAUGGGCGACGAUGACAUGGCCAUCGAGACAGCCCAUUCAACAGUCGUGGACAGUGAUGAGCCAUGGAGCUCGUCUUCAUCCACGGGCUCAGGAUCGGAGAACAUGAGCUUUCCAUGCACGGAGUUUGUAAGGAAGAAGAGAAGUGGAAUGCAUGUUUGUGGAAGAUCAGCUAAUAAUUGUAACAACGUUGCAGAGGAGGAAGACAUGGCUACUAGUAUGAGUAGAAGAAAAGGCAUUCCUCAAAGAUCUCCAUUGUGUUAGAAUUUUAGUACAAUUAACCUGAAUUUGUUUUAACAAUUCGACGUUUUAGAACAAAUAAAAACGAACUUAUUAGUAUUUUUCUUUUUCAAGUCUGAAUUUUGGUGUUUGUUAAUUACUUGGUUGGGGAGUUUUGUCUUAACUGCAACACAUGAUAUUCCCUCUUCCUAUUUCAUUCUUUUACUUGUUUGCUGAUUUCGAAAUUCCAACAUCAUAGUAUAAUAAUAGUUGGAAUUGUCAAUUCGGAAUCUUGAAUUGUUUUAUUCAACGAUUUCUCUGCGUACAAAUUUCUCAAGUCACGCCAACUGUUGUGUACGAAAUAGUAAAAUGUUCUCUCAGUUAUAUGAUUCCUUUCACCGGAGAUCGAUAUGAUCAGUAAAUGAACAAAGUUCAUCUAUGUAAUAAGCAGAGGCAAUAAUGUUCAGGAUUUGGACUUUGGGAUGCAAUUGAAUUCAUUGACAUUUCAGUCUGCUCAUGGACCUAAUCAUCCAAACUCUGCUUAUGUUUUUUUACAUUCGAAGAUUCAAGAAUUUGACAUUCUCCAGCACUCGGAGUUAGUUUGGAU